AUGAUAAUAGACUAUUUUACAGAUAAUAAUAGUAAUGGAAAUAUGGCGAACACAAUGACGACGACGGUUGAUCCCACCACCUCCAUUGCAAUGAUGAAUACAACAAGAGACACUAUUAUUCAAGGUAGUAAUGGUGAAUCAAAUUACGAAUUGUCAGUACACCAAAGAGAUAUUCUGCACUAUGUGUUGAUUGGAUCGUCGUGUAUGACAUUGGCAGGCACGCUCCUCGUCAUAACGACCUACCUCAUCAAAUAUCUAAAAGGGUUGCACAACAAGGAAGAUGGCGCAAAAAUGAUCUUUCUACUCAAUCUACCUGGUUUCAUUGGAUCAUUCUUUUGGUUUCCUUGGGAGAGUGUCUACAAUGAAACUUUUUGUACCAUCCAAGCCUCUGGAAUACAAUUUUGUGAAUUGGCAGCUCUAUGUUGGUCAUCUUGUAUAGUAUUUACUUUUUUAUCUGUAGUUUUAAAUAAUAAGAAAACAUCGAAAGCACCAGAAACCAAUUUUAAAAUAUUCCAUUUUGUAUCUUGGGGUGUCCCAUUGUUGAGUUUGAUACCAUGUUAUGUGUUUGGCUUAUUUGGGCCUCUCACAGGCCCAUGGUGUUGGAUAUCUAACCCUGGUGUAAGACUAUUGGUUUAUAUCCCCGGUCUAGCCAUCGUCUUAUUUAUUACAAUCUCCUAUGUCUAUCUUCGUAUUAAACUUGGUAAACAAGAUGGUUAUGGAUUUAUAACAGGUAGAUUCUUUUAUUUUAUUUUAGCUUCUUUAAUUUGUCAAUUACCAUCACUUGUAAAUAGAGUUCAAAACUAUCUUUAUCCACAAAAUCCGAUAUUUGUAUUGUAUCUGUUACAAUCGAUAUUCCAACCACUUCAAGGAUUCAUCAAUUCGAUGGUAUAUGGAAUUAUUGACGAAUAUUUCUUUGGCACAUACAGAGAGUUCUUUUCGUGUUUUGGAUGUUGUCGACCAAAACAAUCAUUUUCAAAUGGAUCCGGAGGUAAAGACACAUUUGGACCCAUAUCCGAUCACACUAGUUUACUCAUCGACUAUGAUAACAACAGUCAAAGAUUUUCAAAAAAUUCUUUACCCUAUCAUUAUAAUAUUAAUGGUAGAUAG